AUGGCGACACGCCCAGCAGAUCCACGUGACGAGGCGCAGAGCGCCUGUCCUGGCGCCGAGGCUGCAGAGGACGCUUCGGGCGAGUCUGAGUCUCCAGGCGCAGCACGCGAGAUACGCCUUUCGCGUGCGCCGUCGUCUGCGCCGUACUCUGCUCCCUCGCCUUCCAUCGCGUUGCUGAUUGACGAAGCAGACAUGGCAUCGCCGGUCUCCCACGCCGGUCCCGAGGCGCACCCCGAGACCCCCCAGCGAAUUGCGGGUAUCCUCGAGGCUCUCGUCCGUCGUGGAUGGAUUAGGCGAGAAGGCGGCGCCGGGCGGGCGCGGGGAGAGCGGGGACGCGCCGAGUGCCCAACCGACCCAGACGAGCUCGAGCAUGCCGCAGGGGUUGGGUCGUCCCGGCGCCGCGCCGCUUCGCCCCCGCCGUCGUCUGCGCCGCCACGCGCGGAGGCGUCGCCUGUCGGAUUCGUCUCCGCGUGCCCAAACCUGGUGGUGGUGCCAUGCGGACGCCUGGCGACCGACGACGAGCUGGGCACCUGCCACGCCUCAGACUACAUCUCUCGCAUCGACGCCUUCUCGCCGGCGCAGGCCUCGCGGGCGCCUCUCGCGACUGUGCCUCUCCAGCGAGCUGCCGCCGCCUUCGCUGCGCGCCGCAGUCGAGGCGAGCAGGCCGGGCGCGAGACGCCGGGGGGCGGGAAAGGCCAGACAAAGAAAGGGUCUGCGUCUGCGGCGGCGGGGGCGCUGCCUGGGCGCCUCCGAAAGGGGCGAAAGUCUUUCUCAGGCCGCCCCGAGGCCGCCGCGAGCCGCCCAUCUGCUGAAGGUCCUCCUGGUUCCGCGGCCGCCGUCUCCACUGCCUCCUCGUCGGCGGAGGCUCUGGCGCCGCCGUGUGCCUCGCUGACGUCUUCCACUGCGUCGUCUGUGUCUCGUGCGGCGCCUUCGCCGGGCCUCGCGCCGCGAAGCGAGACGGCCGUCGCCGCGAUUGGAGACGACGCGGAGGCGUCUGCGGUCCCGGAGGCGUCGUCUGGAGCAUCGAGGGCCUACACAUUUCCCUUCGGCAGCGACACGUUCAUCUGUCCGCGGACGUCUCAUACAGCGAGACUCGCGGCGGGGGCUGCCUUGGCGCUCUGCGACCUCGUGCUAGGGCCGCCCUCGACGGGCGCGGGAGGGAAGAAAAGAGGCGACAAGCCCAAGGUGCGCUCGCCCAAAAGUCGCUGCGAGGCCGCCGCAGACGGGUGCACAGGCGGCAGGUCCGAAGGCGACAAAGUCCAGAGAGAAGGGGAGACGAGUGACGGAACGGCCGACGACGCCGGCCAGGCGAGACGGUCGUCUGGGGGAGGAUCUGGAGGCGGAUGCAGAGGUUUCGAGAUGACCGCGAAGCGCGUUAAAAGAGGCUUUGCGCUGAUUCGACCCCCGGGUCACCAUGCGUGCGCUAAAGAGGCUGCAGGAUUUUGCAUCUACAACAAUGUCGCACUCGCUGCGCGGUACCUGCUGGAUGUCCAUGGCCUCGCGCGCGUAGCGAUCCUCGACUGGGAUGUUCACCAUGGGGACGGGACUCAAGAGCUCUUUUACAGUUCGUCGUCGGUGCUGUAUCUCUCUGUUCAUCGAUACGAGAAAGCGAAGGCCCCACCCUCCGGCACGCGGAGUCGCGAUACUCUCGCGCUCUCCGCUGCGGCCGGGCCUCCCUCCUCUACGCCGUCGACUCCGUCCACCGCUCUCGCGUCUUAUCCAGAAUCAUCGUGUUCCUCUUCUUGCUCUUCUGUUUCCUCAACUUCUUCCUCCUCUUCUUUUUCGUUUUACCCCGGGACUGGAUCUUGGACCGAGACCGGCGUGGGACCGGGGCGUGGCUACUCGGUUAACGUGCCGCUGUCUCGCGGAUUCGGCGACGCGGAUAUGUUCUGGACGUUCUGCGGCAUUUUCGCGCCGGCGCUCACGGCGUUCCGGCCGCAGGCGAUUCUCGUCUCCGCGGGCUUCGAUGCCGCCGCGGGCGACCCGCUGGGCGGCUGCUGCCUGUCGUCGGCCGCCUUCGGCUGGAUGACACGCCAGGUCUGUCGGCUUGCCGAUCUCCUGUGCGACGGGCACGCCCUCUUCUUCCUCGAGGGCGGCUACGCCGUUGAUGUGCUUGCGAACUGCGUGGAGGCCUGCGUAGAGGAGCUGCUGAGGCUGGGCGACGACGAGGCGCCGCGUUCCGCAACCCCGAAGGUGAACCCGCCACAGGAAGGCGACGCGAGCCACGCAGACUCAGCCGCGGGCACAGAUCCAGCGGCGACAGAAGGCGGCAACGCCUCGCGCGCAAACGACGAGGGCGCCGGCACUAGGACGAUAGCGGGGCAAUUCAGAGACCGAAGCCAAGGAGACAGAGCAGAGGGACGGACGGUGCAAGAAGGCGGUCGCCAUCCAACAAGCACAGGCGACGGUGGCCGCGUGGAUGCAGGACAGCAAGCAGGCUGGGACAAAAGAGCCGACGAGGUCUUCCUCUCGCCGUCCGCUGUCGUCGGUUCGUCUCCGUCCAGCUCCGCCCGCCCAGCACCAGCGCCUCAGCCCCGCGGCGAGGAGGCUCUGCUAGAGUUCGCCCCGCGCGCGGAUGCAGCGCUCGGGACCCGCCAGGCUCCCGCGCCGCGGCGCGGGAGCCCUCGUCGGCUGUCUCUGCCUGCCACGAUCUCGCUUCCUGUCUCUCCGCUCUUCCAGGCAGCUGCGUCAGCUAUUCCGCCCUCGCCGGCGCUGUCUGCUGCGUGGUUCGCAUCUUCACCUCUCCCCCUCGACGACAAGCCGAGGCCGCGUUUCUGCCUAAAGUGUCUGUGUCUCUCUGAGAAGAAGCCGGGUCUGGCCUCGGCGCGCUCGCGCGUCCGCGGCGCCGUAGGCCCCUCGUCGUGCGGGCUGCCGGGGAGCGGCGGCCUGGGCGCGUGUGAGGCGGGACCGAGAGCGUCUCAGAGCAAGGGCGCGCUGGCGACCCCCGAUUCGGAGUAUCUUGGAGACGACACCGCCUUCUUUGUUGCGAAGCGGAAGUUCCCCGAGUUCGCCGCCGACCCCCUGCCCGCUGCAGAGCGCUGGGCUCUGCUGACUCCGGCCGCGGUCGAGGUCGCACUCCGCGACGCCGCCGGCCUGUGUCCGAGUCUCGACGUCCCUCCCCGGCUCGCCGACGGGGCUCGCGGCACGCCCGCAGAGGCCCGCGGUCGGAAGGGGCGGCGGGAUUCAGGCAAAGCCAAGAAGAAGACAGAGAAGCAGGAGCUGCGUGCAGCGGACGCUGCCGACACCGGGGGACGGCGAGAGAGCGACGACGCUUUGGCGAGCCCCCUGCCUGCGCUGCAGAGGCCCCUGACGUCGGAGACUGUCUCAGAGGAAGGCGACGACGAUCUCGUUUCAAUUCCCGAGGACGCGGUGUCGGCGGCGGGCGCGUUUCCCCUCGCGCCGCAGCCGCGCUCGCCCGCCGCGCGUCGCGCCUCGCUGUCCUCCUCGUCGUGCAGCAGGUCGUGCGGCGUCUCGCGGUCCGCUCUCUCGCUCGCGCCUCCCUCGUCGUUGAGGGUCGUCGCCAGCUGCCCGCCGUCGCCGCUCCCGAGCAACUCGGCGCCGCUUCUCAGCUUACCGCCGUCGCCGCUCGCGCUCACCUCCCUCGUGGCCCCUGGCGCCCGGUCCGCUGAAGCCGCGCCCGCGAGUCUCUCGCCGUCGUCUGCGGCGUCGCUUCCGCCGACUCGUGGGGUCAACGCCUUUUGUUCAUCUGUCCUGCUGGGCGAGGGCGGCGAGGACCUGCGCGCGGAGCCCCAGGAGACAGCGUCCCCGGCGUCGCCCUCGCAAGCCGGGAAGGCCUCGUCGCGCCUCGCGUUGCGGCUGCGCCUCGCCUGUGCUUCCUGCGGAGUCGCGCUGGAGCCGUGCCGCCUCGCCUUUGCCUCCUCCGCCUCCUCGGGGGCGGCGGCGUUGGCCGCCUGCGGGGCGGACGCCUGGGGUGGCGGUCGGCCGGCUUCUGCGGCUGCGUCGCCCUCUCACUGCGGGUCGCGGAGCGGCGUCGAGGUCGACGAGGAGCGCGGCGGCUGGCGAGGCCGCUGGGUCGUUUGCCGGCAAGCGACGUACGAAGUGCUGCGCCUCGUGCGGCUCCUUCACGCGGGACCACCCCUUUUCCUUCCUGCGCUUCCGCCGCUCCCGAAGAUCGUGAAAACCCGAAGACAGUCAGUCGUGGAGGCGGCGGACGAGGAAGAUCUGCAGAGGAGUCGCGCGCGAGACGCGGAGAGCGGCACGGAGCCUGACCUCAGGCCGAGCGGUCAGGGCGCAGGGGCGAAGGAAGGGUGCGCGGCGCGGAGUUCCGAAGGAACGCCGCACACGCGUCCGAGCGAGUCCGACGAGGCCGCAAACGCGUCAAACGCACAUACGUCAACGGGGUACUCAGCGUCACCUCCAGCUUCGUCGACUUCUACCGUCCCUCCCUCGUCGCCGGGCGCGUCGGGAGGGGCCUUGGCGCGGCGGCGCGUCUUCCCUGCGGGCCUGUUGUCGCACGUUCGCGGUCGGAUCGUCGGCGGCAGGGUAAAUCGCUGGCUGUUGCCGUCGCUCGCGCCUCCGGACUCGCCGCUGCAGAGCGUCGCCGACGGCGACUCGCAAGAAGAUAGCGAACGUGCGGCGCGGCGACGAUCCAAAGAAAGCAGCAGCCGGCCGCGGGAAGGGAAAGAGUGCAUCAAGCCCGGACAGCUGGUGAAGCUCUGCUGCUGGAACGAGGCGGCGUUCUACACCUGGACGCAGCUGCAUGCGAAAACCCUUCGAAAGGGCGCGCGGAUGGACGAGGCGACGCAGGCUGACCACGAGCAGCACAAAGCGACUAUCUUGGCGGAAUUGCAGAGACUCUUCCUGCGCCUCUCGCCUCCUGGCGACGGCGAGAGAGAGCCGACUCAGGUCGGCGGUCGCGGGGGCGAGACGGGCGUCAACCCGAACUGGGGCCCUCAGGCGCACUGGAAGAGCCAGAGGACGGCGACAGGCGAUCCGCACCGCUCGCGGGAGCGCUUCGUGCAGGCGCUGUUGCCCCCAGCCUGUCUGCCGCGUCACGAGGCGCUGCACUCCUCGGCCCUCUCGUUCAAUCCCUCUCAGCUGAUGGAGCUUCUGCGCACGCCGCCCGACGCGCUAGCGCUUCCAGCGAGCCCGCCUGGUUCGGCCGUGUCAUCGUCGCGCAGCUGUGAGGCCUCGCCUGGAGCUGGGGCUGCUGGCUUGACUGACGUCGCGACGGAGCUGAGCAAAUUCAUGCCGACCUGCCGGCGGGUUUUUUGGUCCCACUCGUGGGCGGUUUGCUCCCCUGCGUCGAGCCCCGAUGACAAACACGGUCGUGCUGAGCCCGCGCGCGCGGCCUGCGGGCAGCCCGACACGCGCUCCGCGCACGCCUCGUCCUCGAAGCCUCCUUCUUCUCACUUGCCCUCGUCUGCGUCUCCCCCUUCUCUCGCGGUCCAGCCUUCCACCGCAUCUUCCCCCGUCUAUCCCGCUGUCUCCUCUUCUGUCGCGUCGUCUGCGCCCUUCUCGCCUUCGUUUCGGUGCGCGUCGGGGAGCGCGCGGUUCGCCUGUGCGAUUGCGGUGGAGGACGUGGCUUACUUUGUGCGACCGUGCGUGAUGGAUGUGAAGAUGGGCACGCAAAUGUACGACGGGAGCUGCACCGACUUGGAGAAGGUGCGGCGCAUGCAGGCGAAGGCGCGCGAGCGAUCUUUCGCCUCGCACGGCUUCUCAGUCUGCGGGGUGUCCGCCGCGGCCGUUGACAGCCGCGAGGCGCAGCCGCGGCUGGCCCGAGAGAGACAGGCCGGCGGCGCAGGAGACCGCCAGGGGACGACGGCCUGCGGCGACGAGGUCGCGUGCCGCGGCGGGUUCCAGGAAGCCGUUGGCGAGGCGGCGCGAGAGGCGCGGGGGGCAGGUGGGAGCGGGCAGGGGGGAAGCGAGCGCGAGGCAGAGCGGGGCGUGCUGGCGUCGCCGAGGCCGUUUGUUCUGUCGAAGCAAGACGCGUACGCCGUCACGAAGGACGCGGAGUUCAUCCGCGUCUUCACUCAGUUCUUCUGCGUGAACGGCUCGCGGCGGCUCGCCGUCCGCCUGAUCCGAAAGUGCCUGGAGAAACUGGAGACGCUUCGUGUCUUCUUCGAGCGACAAGAGCAAGUCUCCUUCUACGGCUCGAGUCUCCUCUUCGUCUUCGACGCAGGGCCGCUGCCGCAGCCACGGGCGGCCGCGCCGUCGUCCGCCGCGUCUGUCGCGCGCCCAGCGAGUGACGCCUCCUCGCAGGUAUCGCAGACGGAGCGAGGCUGCGCGGAGGCCGAAGCGCACACAAGAGAGACGAAGGGGCUCCAGUCGCACCAGGGCGGCAGCGCGGCCGCGGGAGCGCAAGCGGAGCCUAGAGGAGACGCCGCCGGCGCGGGGGGGGAAACGCGCGACGCUGCAGCAGAGGGAGGUUCCGCCCCGUCUCAGGCUCCUUUACCUCACGAAGAAGCCAGCGAAGAAGCGCGAGUCGAGGAAGCGAUUGUCAACAGCCUCGGGGUCUACAUGGUGGACUUUGCACACGUGAACUUCAGCGAGAGCGGACGCGACACAGGUUACCUCUUUGGGCUCGCAAACCUCCACCGACUUUUUUCGGCGAUCCUGCUUGACCUUUCGGCGGCCACGCCCUCGCAGCUCUCUUAG